AUGGAACUGCCCGCUUCUCAGCCACCGCCACCAAUGUUUCCAAGAUCGAGACUUUAUCAUAGUUAUUACUCGGAAGAGAAGACAUUCUCGGCACCAUCUGCAAAUACUCAACAAGGAAACAAUCUACCUUCGAAAGUAUAUAAUAAAGGGCUGAAAGAUUUGGAGGAUAAUGAUAUCGAAGGUCUUCUCUCGAAGCUAUCAAUCGAUGAAUUGGAGGAUCUUAACAAUGAUUUCGAUCCUGAUAACUCAAUGCUCCCUCCCUCCCAACGUUGCCGUGAUCAAACGGAUAAAGAACCGACGGGACCCUACAAAAGAGACAAUCUACUGAAAUUUCUAGAAGAAAAAGCGAAAACGGAGAAAGAUUGGGACGAUGUCUGCCCGUAUACCGCCGGUGUGAAACGUGGAAAAGUGUAUGAUAGUGAUAGUGGAAGAAAUUCUGAGGAGCCGGACACUGGAAAGAUGGAAAUGCCGAUUGAAAUCGAUUUGGAUGAUGAUGAGGAGGAGUUGGAGUGUGCUCUCGUCUCGGCGCCAGAAAAAGAUUUAGUUGAUUUGGCUGGAAUUCUGGGAAUGCAUAAUGUGCUCAAUCAGCCACAAUACUAUAAUGCACUGAAAGGAAAAACACAGGAUGAGACGACUGGAACGACGUUUAAUGGAAUUAUUCAGUCAUAUGUUCCCAAAAUUGUUCCAGACGAGCCGGAUAACGAUACUGAUGUUGAGUCUUGUAUUAACCGAUUACGAGAAGACGACACAGAUCUGAAGGAAGUGAACAUCAAUAAUAUGAAACGAGUAUCCAAGGAACGAAUUCGAACACUCAUCGAAGCCGCAUGCAAUAGUAAACACAUUGAGAAGUUCUCACUGGCGAAUACGGCGAUUUCGGAUUCAGAGGCUAGAGGCCUAAUCGAACUGAUCGAAACGUCUCCCUCCCUCCGUGUUCUCAACGUCGAAUCCAACUUCCUCACCCCCGAACUCCUCGCUCGAUUGCUCCGAUCGACACUCGUCACACAGUCGAUUGUGGAAUUCAAGGCUGAUAAUCAGCGACAAUCGGUGCUCGGAAAUCAGAUUGAAAUGGACAUGAUGAUGGCGAUUGAAGAGAAUGAAUCCCUCCUGCGAGUCGGUAUCUCAUUCGCUUCGAUGGAAGCGAGACAUCGAGUUUCGGAGGCGUUGGAACGGAAUUAUGAACGAGUGCGUCUCCGUCGAUUGGGCAAAGAUCCGAACGCCUAA